GUGGGCCCUUGGUCCGAAGAAAACGCGGCAAAGUGGGUGGGACCGGUAAAAUGGAAAUUAUUGAUCGCUCUCUGCCUCUCUCUACUCUAGGGAUUAUGAUAAUCAAAUUCCUCUUCGUGGUUGGAUGUUUCAUGUUUGAUUGAUUUUGGUUUGAUAUCAAUCCUCAAGAUCGCUGGAAAAACUUAUGGAGGGUGUAAGGGCUUUUACAUGGAUGCUGCACCACCUUGAUGUGGCCUGGAUCUACUUUGAGCAUUGUUGGAUUCUGUAAUAAUUGGCUGUAAUUCCAUGGAAACCUCUUGCUGAUGCUGAAGGAGAAAAAAGCCUGGUAUGAUCGUGCUUUUGAAGUUAUAUGGCGGGUUAUCUUAUUAUUAUAUGGGGAGAUUUUGAAAACCUACUGGAUGGGCACUCCAGUUGCUGUCAGACGUAUAUUUCCCUCUUUCGAAUGACAGAUUGGUGAUGUGAUUGAUGAAAACACAUGGCCUGAAAAAAAUAUUUUGGGGGCAAGCCUGGCAUAAAAAAAGUCACAAUGAAGUUUUUCUGUCGCGUUUUGAGAAUCCUAAAUUUAAAAGCUCUCUUUGUGUUGUUGUGUUGUUCACAUUCAAAACAAAGGAUUGCUGGAGAUUUUGGAUGAACAAAUAUCAGGCUGCUGCUUUUUUAUUUGUCCAGAAGCCAAAGAUGAGAGUUCCAUGUUUAUAAUGGCUGCAAUGGUAACAUUUUUACAUAACUCCAGCUGCUUCUAAUUUUUCAUCAUCAUUUUCAAACUUCUCUUCCUCACAAACUAAGACUGUUUUUGUAGUUUUAUUUUUCAUUGUGGAAAGUCUAUUGGUGAACGCUUGUCAUGUGCUCAUUGUUGGUUAAUUUUAGGACUGUAUUACUGUUCUCUUCCACAAGUCAUGCUGUUUCUGUAAUAUUUUCCGUGACAGAAAGUGGUUAUAUUUUUUAAUUACCACACAUCAAUGCCCAGGAGCAGUUGAAAGGUGUUAUAUUGUCUCAAUAGUGUUAGUUGAUGCAUUCAGCAAGAAAUUAUCUAUGGAAUUUUUGGAGAUUCAGUUUUGGGCAAAAGCUAUCACUUGGCAGACCAUGGAAGACUUGAGUCUCGUGCCUACUGGAGAAGAGGAUCAAUCUGAGAUGGUGGUAGAUAGAUUAUCGGAUCUACCAUGGGGUAUCUUCAACAACAUUUAUCAGAAUAUGUCUAUAAUAGAUGCUAUACGGUUGAGUGUUCUAGCAAGGGAUUGGAGACACCGAUGGCUGUCACUUUCACACUUUCACCUUGAUGUUCAUGAUAUUGGUCAUUUUCUCCGUACCCGAAAUAUUAGAUGGGACAUAGCUGCUAGUAUCAUCAAUAAAUAUCUAAGCCAGCAUACUUCACAAAUCAGGACGUUUUCCCUUAGAUUGUUUUGUGCGAAUCAUUAUUCUGAUUUGUACUUCUGGUUCCAGUGUCUUGCGCAAAAGAAUAUUGAGGAUUUGCUGAUUAUUAACUAUAGCCGAGAACGCUUUAUUCUGCCAUCAUAUCUGUUUUCUUUCCAGAAUCUGGUGGGUUUGGCAUUGUCAAAUUGUUCUUUACAAAUUCCACCUUCGUUUAUAAGAUAUAACUUGGUACUGAGGAUCUCUCUUACAGACGUGACAAUUAGUGAGACCGAUCUUGAUUAUCUAAUAAGUGCCUGCCCUCUACUUGAGAAGUUGAAUCUCUUUAACAUACAGCAGCUACAGCAUUUGAGAAUUAGAGCACCCAGAGUAAUAUCACUGAAGGUGGAUUCGAGAUUUGAAUCCUUCACUAUAGCUGCACCCUCAUUAAUUGAGAUCGUCAUAUCGGAUUCUUUCAGAGGCACUUGGGUAGGGCUGUUCCCCAACUGGAGUAAUCUUAGUAAUGGCUUAAGAGGUGUGGAUUCGCUUUUGAGCUUAUCUCUAUAUGGUGAUCUCCUUAAGCUUAUAGCGAUUGGGUUUGAGAAUCAAGCAUUUCCAUUCAUGAACACUUCUCUGACUUCACUAUCCCUUCAUCGUGUAAGAUUUGACAACGUUCAAGUGUUUAUGGUUUGCCUCUCGUUGCUAUGCUGCUGCCCGAACAUUACAGAUUUCUUCUUUAGCAUUUUUUCAGCAAAAGGUCCGACACUGAUAAAAACGUUUCUGAAGGAGACUCAAGAACGGGCUCUUACCUUUCCCAAGCUCAAAUCUUUGGAAGUCUUAUGUCUUGAACGUGUUGGAAUGGGAGCUACUAUAAAAUUUAUCGAAUUUAUUAUUACUGCAUCCCCAAACCUCAAACGUGUAACCAUUGCGAGAGAAGGGCCGCUUGUUAUGAAUCCCAAACGGAUUACUCAAAUGAUCUCUAGAUUCAGAAAACGAUGUCCACAUGCUACGGUUAAUUAUGUGUAUGAAGGCCAAGUUGUCCAUCUGUGAGCUAUCGUAUACAAGCUAACCUAAGGGACAUCUCGAAUCAGCCCAUGGACGAAUCAUUUCUUUUGCAUCAUACAAGAAGGAAAUCAGGAAAAAAAAACUAUAUUUUUAUAUUUAUAUAAAACUUUUGUGCUUACUUAUCUGUUUUUAUAUUGUAGUAAUCAAUCUCUAUAUUUUUAUAUUUAGUAAUUUCUGGUUUCUAAG